AUGUCUGUCUUCAAGUUGCUGCCACCACCGCUUGCCCUCCUUUUUGUCGCCGCUGAAAUAGAAGCUGGGGUUUGCAAGAUGCAAACCAAUGUGAAUUGUUACCUUGCCCUAGGCGAAGUUGAAAAUGCAUCGCUACAUUUCAUGAAGUGCUUGCAGUCAGGACCUGAUGUCUGUGUGGACCGGAAACUAUUACUAGAAGCCUCUGAGGGCCUUGAAAAGGCACAGGGGAAGGAAAGAGAAAAAUUAGGGAAAAGGAUUGUGGAGUAUGGAUGCGGAUGA